UGUUUAGUAUUCUAAUGAAAAUUUACUUAAUGAGAGUAAAGGGGUGUUGGAUUGAGUUUUUACUGUUUAGUGGAAUUGUGUAAUUGAGUGUUUGCUGCUUAUAUGGUGUUCAAUUUGACCAAUUAUUCAGACACCCUAUUUUUUUUUUUUCUUUUUUUUUUUUUCAUUGUCUAAGAUUUUAGGGGUAAGGCUGCGUAAAUCUUGACCUCCGGAUGCUAUGUCUAUGGCAUGAUUUAUAUCUGGUUGUAUCGUUGUUGUUGUUGUUGUAGUGCUUGGUGUGUGACAAGACUAUUGUAGAUGCUUUGGAGAAAUAGUAGCAAUAAAUUUAUGAAUGAUUCAAGUUGUUAGAAAUUGAAUAUGUGUUUUAAGUUAUGUAAUUCAUUCAAGAGGGGGAAUGAGGGAAUUUGAUUGGUGACCAAGAAGAAUAGUAUUCUGAUUCUUUAGAGAAGUAUAUAGAAGUGGAUGAGGGACUGAGGCUGUGUUCUCUUCAACUUAUCUAUGCUGAAUUGAUUUAAAUUGAUCUUUUUUCGUGCUUAACUGAGUUUAUGCUUAUUUCUUUGUUAUUCAUCUAAUUUCUAUUGAGAUGCACAAGGAAACUUUAUUUUAGGUGAAAUACACAUCCUAGCCCGGGUCUUGGUUCUGUCAUUCUACUGGUCAUUAUAUUGUGUAUACUAACUCUUUCCAGCUUCUUGGUGAGUGCAUGCAGUGACAUUUAUUCAGGCAUGAUGGAGAACUAUGAGGAACACAGUGGCGAUGUGUAUGAUGAUUGUUCAAUCAAAAUGAGGGUCAAUCCUAAAAGGAGACGAGAUAAAGUUUAUGUUGGUUGUGGAGCUGGCUUUAGUGGUGACAGGCCAAUGGCAGCUUUUAAGUUGCUUCAAAGUGUGAAGGAGCUUAACUAUAUUGUACUUGAGUGUCUUGCUGAGCGCACUCUAGCUGACCGGUACAAGGAGAUGAUAUCUGGCGGAGAUGGUUAUGACCCACGCAUUUCGGAGUGGAUGCACUUGCUUUUACCUCUGGCUGUGGAAAGGGGAACAUGCAUAAUUACAAAUAUGGGUGCAAUGGAUCCAAUUGGUGCUCAGCUAAAGGUCCUUGAAAUUGCAAACAGCCUGGGGCUUAGUAUAACAGUUGUUGUUGCACAUGAAGUUGCCUUCAAAGAUCCAGGGUCAGCAUCCUCACAUGAUAGGUCUUUUGUCAUGGAUGGUGGUAUUAGCACAUAUCUAGGUGCGGCACCAAUUGUCAGGUGUCUUGAGUUAUACAAGCCAAAUGUCAUCAUUACUAGUCGUGUAGCAGAUGCUGCCCUAUUCUUAGGUCCAAUGGUUUAUGAGCUGGGCUGGAAUUGGGAUGAUCUGGAGCAGCUAGCACAAGGAGCUUUAGCAGGGCACCUUUUAGAGUGUGGUGGUCAGCUGACUGGAGGAUAUUUUAUGCACCCAGGAGACAAACACAGAGAUAUAUCUUUUCAGUGUCUUCUGGAUUUAUCACUUCCAUUUGCUGAAGUCAAUUACCUGGGAGAAGUAUGUGUGGCCAAGGCUGAUGUUAGUGGUGGUGCUCUGAACUUUAGUACUUGUGCUCAGCAGCUUCUCUAUGAGAUUGCAGAUCCAAGUGCCUAUGUCACUCCUGAUGUGGUCUUAGAUAUUCGUGAUGUUACGUUUGAACCCUUAACUAGCAGCAAAAUUCUCUGCACCGGAGCAAAACCCUCAGCUACAUCAACUCCUGAGAAACUUCUGCAACUAGUACCAAAGGAGUCUGGAUGGAAAGGGUGGGGAGAGAUAUCUUAUGGAGGUUAUGAAUGCGUUAAACGUGCAAGAGCAGCUGAGUAUCUGGUUAGAUCUUGGAUGGAAGAAUCAUAUCCAGGCAUUAAUAGAAAUAUAAUUUCUUACAUUAUUGGACUUGAUAGCCUAAAAGCACUCUGCAAUGAAAGUAUUACCUCAAUAGCAGCUGGGUGCCGAGACAUAAGGCUACGCAUGGAUGGACUAUUUGAGGUUGAGGAGCAUUCAAUCAAAUUUGUCAGAGAAUUCACUGCUUUAUAUACAAAUGGGCCUGCUGGUGGAGGUGGUAUAAGUACUGGGCACAAGAAAGAAGUACUUUUGGUAAAACAACUGGUCGGACGCGAGUCUAUCUUCUGGCAUAUUAGGGCUAAGAGCACAAACAUGGCUAACACACAUGACCAUGAACACAAGAUGAAACGAAUAAAAAUGCCAACUUCCAUUUCAGACGAGUCAGUUCCAUUACCUGAUGGGCUUAUUGAUUUGUCUGAUCAGAACCUUGAAAUAAUAUCUAGUAAAUAUCCAAGUUUUCCUGCACCAUCAGGCAAGAAAGUUCCUCUGUAUGAAGUUGCACAUAUCAGGGUCGGAGAUAAAGGCAAUGACAUGAACUUUUCCAUUAUUCCCCAUUUCUUUCAAGAUAUCAAUAGGUUGCAGGUGAUAAUAAGUCCUGAAUGGGUGAAGAAAGUGUUGUCUCCUCUGUUGAACCCUUCUCCAUUUCCGCAUCCAGAUGCCAUUUCAAAGAGAGAUAAAUGGGUCAAAGAAAAUGUUAAAGUUGAGAUUUAUGAGGUCAAGGGCAUUCAUUCGUUGAAUGUUGUGGUUCGCAAUAUUCUUGAUAGUGGUGUCAACUGUUCUAGGAGAAUUGAUCGUCAUGGGAAAACCAUAUCAGAUAUCAUACUGUCCCAGCAAGUCAUGUUGCCAUAACUACCGUUCAGUAACAAAUUGUAUCAAAUUUCAGAAAUCGCAUUAAGAUUAUAGGCUGAAUAAUUCAAGGAUUGAUAACUUGCAAACUUAUAUCCAAUAACUGCUAUAUUAUAUGGAAAUAAUACCGGAUUUUUUUGGUGAUUUUAAACAAAUACUAUGUUGGUUUCUA